AAUCUUUGAUAUUUAAUACUCAUUAUGAAAGUAUUGAUUCAAAGCAACAUCCAAAAAGACUUAUUGAUAAUAUGCGUUUUGUUUCAUAUAAAUUCAAUCAAUUAUUUGAAUAUUCAUUCAGAAAGAUAUAUUUUGAAUUCUAUCAUAUAAAUGAAGUCACUAUUCUAUCUAAAUUAGCAUUAAAACUUAUUAAACGAUAUGAAAAUUAUUUUGAUCCAACACAAAAAAUGAUUAAUUUUUUUAAAGAAAAAGAAUGUGAAGAAUUAAAUUUUUGGGAAUCAAUUAUCUUAAAUACUAUAAUUGAUUAUUUUACUCUUAGCAAAGAAUGUAAUUGUUCUGGUUCUGAUAGUAAAUCUUGGUUAAUUUUCAAACAAUCAAAAGACAAAAGAUUUUGGUAUUAUAAAUGUGGAAGAUGUCAAUUUUAUGAAGUAGCAAUUAAUUAUUCAAGAAAAAGAAAAUCUGAAAAAGUU